AUGCCCUCGAGAGCUCAUCGCGAUUAUCAAAAAGGCUUUGCCGGGAAGAUAGGAUGGGGUCAAAGACCGGCGCUGUUACUUGUCGACGUUUGUAACGCCUACUGGAGCGAUGCGAGUCCAUUAGACACCAAAUCGAACGCUGCGUCUGCGGCGGCGCCCGCGUCCAUCGCAAAACUCGUCGCUGCCGCCCGCCAAGGCAAGGUACCGUUGAUCUGGACGCGAGUCGAAUACACGGAGCCAGACAUGUCGGACGCGGGACUUUUCUACAGCAAAGUACCGCUACUGAAGCUGUUCCAGACCGGCUGCGGAAAUGGCCUUGAAAAAUGGAUUCCAGGAUUAGAGCCUGCCGCUGGCGAAGUCGUUGUCUGUAAACGCUACCCGUCCGCGUUCUUCGCAACCGAUCUCGCGACACGACUCCAACUCUACAACGUCGAUACUGUGAUAAUAUGUGGCGUCAGUACAAGUGGUUGCGUGCGCGCGACUGCUCUCGACGCCAUGUGUUUUGGAUUUCGACCAAUGGUUGUUGGAGAAGCAUGCGGUGACAAGUCCCCUGCUGUCCACGAUGCGAACAUUUCCGAUAUCAACGCAAAGAUGGCUGAUGUUGUUUCUGAAGAUGAGGCAAUCGAGAAACUGGAGGCUGGAUGGCAAUGA